CCCGUCCAUUACUGACGGCCUUUAGGGCUCGAAAUUCUUCUACAAAACCAAUGGCACCCAAUUCUUCAUGAAGGGUAUCGCAUACCAACAGGGCGUUAGCACAAACACGUCGCAGACCGAGAAUGUCGACUACACUGAUCCUCUCGCCGAUACCACGUCUUGCAAGCGUGACAUUCCCUUCCUCCAAAAGCUCAACACCAAUACCAUUCGUGUAUACGCCCUCGACCCCACUAAAAACCACGACACAUGUAUGAACGCGCUUGCUGAUGCUGGCAUCUAUGUCAUUGCCGACCUGUCUCAGCCAGGAGAGUCGAUCAAUCGAGACGAUGCUGCAUGGACCACCACACUCUACGCGCGAUAUACCAGCGUAGUUGAUGUAAUGGCCAAGUAUGACAACACGCUUGGCUUCUUUGCCGGUAACGAGGUUUCCAACCAGCCUAACAACACCAACGCCAGCGCUUUCGUCAAGGCCGCCGUUCGUGACAUGAAGUCGUACAUUAAGUCCAAGAACUACCGCACGAUUGGUGUUGGUUAUGCCACCAACGAUGAUGCCAGUAUCCGUGAGAACUUGGCCAACUACUUUGACUGCGGGGAUGCUUCGGACGCCAUUGAUUUCUGGGGCUACAAUAUCUAUUCCUGGUGUGGUGACUCCUCCUUCACCAAGUCUGGUUUCGAUGUCCGUACCAAGGAGUUCCAGAACUACAACGUCCCCGUCUUCUUCGCCGAGUAUGGCUGCAACACUCCCCGUCCUCGCAAGUUCACUGAAGUCGGCGCCCUAUAUGGCAAUCAAAUGACGGGCGUCUGGUCUGGAGGCAUUGUGUACAUGUAUUUUGAGGAGGAGAAUAAGUUCGGUCUCGUGAGCGUUGACGGAAGCAACGUUAAAACCCUCGACGACUUCAACAACCUUUCCAGCCAGAUCGCCAAGGUGACCCCCAGCGGUGCUAAGAUGGCGGACUACAACCCGACUAAUACUGCUGGUGCUUCAUGCCCUGCAGUCAACUCCGACUGGGCUGCCAAGGCUACCCCCCUACCUCCAGUCGUAAAUGCCCGCGCUUGCUCUUGCAUGAUGGACAGCCUUAGCUGUGUUGUCGCCAGCAAUGUUAACGAGAAGGACUACGGCGACCUCUUCGGAACGGUUUGCGGUUAUAGCAGCGGCAAGUUCUGUGGGGGAAUCCAGAAGAACGCCACCACCGGCAACUACGGAGCCUACGGCAUGUGCAACUCCACCGAGCAGUUAGGUUUUGCUCUCAAUCAAUAUGCUCUUGCCAAUCCUAGCGGUGGCUGCGAUUUCAAGGGCUCCGCUGUCACUAAGCAAGCCGUGAAGACCCAGGCUUCGGACUGCAAGGCUCUCAUGUCCCAGGCUGGCUCGGCUGGAACGGGCACCGUCACCUCUGCCCCCACCGGAACUGGUGCCGCAGCCACGGGCGCCAAGUCUUCAGGCGCGGGCGUUGCUCUCACCGUCCCGACAAUGGAAACUGGCCUCCUUCAACUUGGUGUCUAUGUCCUCGGUGCAGCAUUUUCCGGCAUGGCCAUGAUCCUAUUGUGAAAAAGUUUGACCUUUGGAGAGGAUGUGGUAGGGGUGAUUUCAUGCAUGAGCGGGGUUUUUUUUUUGGGGGACAACCGGUUACGCGGUCACCUGUACACAGAAAUGCGAUUGUAUUGUUUUACCAACUUGUGAGGGCUACUCCAUUCUGCAACUUUGAUGGGUUAGAUUUCUCGUUUGUGUCUUAUGUGGAGGCCGAAGAGACGAUAGCCUUGAAACAAAUGCAUUUAAUGCCCCUUUUGGUCUUAAGUGGCGGAAGAGAGACGUCAGCUCGGCUCCGUAAAACACAGAGACUUGACUUGGCGGUUCUUUCUUCCGGUUAGUUUUCACGGUAGCAAGAUUAGCGCCACACUAAUGCUAAACAUUAUCUGGUUUCUUUAG